AUGAACAAACUGGAACGGUCGUUGCAACUGUUGGACGAAUCAACGGUGCACUCCAAUCGUGGGCUGCUUCGGUCGAAGGAUACGCCGCGCAGUUUGCUGCAGCAGCAGUUUUUAGGGUCGCCGGGUCUGCUUGAUUCGGUGCAAGAUGUUGCUGUCUAUCGAACAACCGAAUCCGAGCGCGGUGCUUGGAACGGCAGCCAGGGUAGCCUGAACGCUGGCAGCACGGUGAGCUACAGCAACGCUAACUCGAAGGAGGUCAACAAGCAGCUGUGCGAACAGUUCCUUGAGGUGCUCCAACGCCACAGCAAUGCCUCGGAUGUGUUCGAGGCGAUUGACGAGUUGAUCGAGCUGCUCGAUGGCACGUUGGUUCACAUGAAUCUGGCAUCCAAACAGCUUCUGCCGGUUGGAAGGGAGCGGCAUAUGCAUGCUGAGGGCAUGUGGCUGAACGCGGAACGGGAAACGUGGAAGCUAAUGGGCUGCCUGUAUCGCGAUCGCAUGGUCACACAAAAGCAGGAUAACGAAAUGGAUGAUCUCCCGCUGCUGAACAGCGAGCAAACGAUCAUUUCACAUUUGUACGCUGGAAAUGGCAAUCUGCGUGAAUACCAGAUGAUUGUGGACUGGCUGGAACAGAUGGCACUGCAGCAGAACCAGCUGCAGAUGGGUCACUAUACAAGCCGCACGGUGGCAUGGGAGAAUACGCUUCACCAGCUGCUGGAGGUGGGCCAGACGGCGUUCGGCAGUGGUCGUUCGUUGGUGAAGAGCCUCGAUCCGGAUGCGCAGGUUCGUGAAAAACGCCCACUGCACGAUCUCGAUACGGAAGACCAGGCACGGUUGGCCAAGCAGGUGUUUCUCGAGAUACGCCACGGACGACUAAAGGAGGCACAAAACAAGUGCGAACACUGUGGGCAGGCGUGGAAGGCCGCAGUUUUGGAGGGCUGGCGCUUGCAUCACGAUCCUAAUUAUCAUGGUGAAAAUGCCACGCUUAUUCGGAACCCGAUCGAGGGCAAUCCUCGGCGUGAUUUGUGGAAGAAGUUUGCCUGGCAAAUGGCCGAGAGCCGAAUGCUGGAUCCGUACACGAAGGCAACGGUCGGCUCGUUGUGUGGCAAUUUGGAAUCGAUGGUGAACGUGCUAUCCGAGCACUCCUGGAAUGAUAUGCUCUGGGCGUACCUUAAGGUGCAGAUUGACAUUCGAGUGGAGAGUGAAAUUCGGUCUCACUGCAUCAAGAGCUACCUGCCGAUGCCGGACCGGUACUGGAACAGCAAAAUGUCGCUCGAGCAGAUCUUCGAUACGCUGGAAGCGCACAAAAACGCGCACAUUAGCUUGGCCGCCAAGGACGUGGACAAAGUGAUCCAAAAGUACAUUAUCUUGGACGACAUUCCGGAGCUGAUGCGCAUCGUGGACGGGUGGCUGGAUGGAACCGAAGUGGUGCUAAUCCCGCAGAUGCUGCGCUUCCUAACGCAUUUUGUUAUGUUUCUGCGUCAGAUCGGAAAAUCCUUUCAGGAAGACAUAGGAGACAAGGUAAUCAAGCGGUACGUGGAGCAUCUGAUUCAAGUAGGCGAACCUCAUCUGGUGGCGUUUUACACCGCUGCCCUUCCGCCGGCAGUGGAGCUGUUGCUGUAUGCGCAAUUCCUCGAGACAAUCAGCGAUAGUGAGCGUCGCAAGAAAGCCUUGGAGGAAGCGUAUAACUUUGGUUUGGACGUUCCGACCAUUACGGUGUACACGGUGGAACGAUACCGCGCACAGGAGCCCGAUGCUGACGAUGCUGUAUCGAUCGCCUCGGGCACGUUGUCCCAGGUGGAUGGAUUAAAAAUUUCUUCCCUUGAGUGGCUUACGUUCUAUCCGGAUCAGCGAGGGGAGCUGCUUUGGCAGGCCAACGCACUAACGCGCUACUUUCUCGCCCGGCGCAGCAUUGAGGCAGCUCGUAAAACGUUUUCUGUCGUACCGGCCGACACGAUCGAGCAGAUUUUCACACAUUACGGCUCGAAGGAUGAUAUUCCGUGCAAGGAGGAGGUAAGCAUCCGCGAAUACCUUUGCCAUCAAACGUACCUAGCGGCCAUCGAUGGAUACAACGACUGGACGCAGCUAUUUUACAACGGAAAGCCGAAACCGCCACCGGCGGUGGCAAUUUCAAACUUCACCGAACGUGUCACGUCCGAACAUCGCGAGACCACGUACCAGAAGGAACUGCGAAAUUGGGAGACGCGACUCACCGAGCGGACGAAUCAAACGCGCGAUCUGCUGUACAACGUGUUGCUCUUUCCCGAGGCCGGUUGGUUGGUCGAUACGGUUACGGCGAAAGGGAUGCCGGAGAACGACGAGGACUGGCAAAACAGGGCCGUGCAGAUGGAGAACCUGCGGAAGCUGUGCAUUCCGGAAGUGGUGCUGUUGCUUCACCAGCUGCACGCGCUGACCGAUCGGCACGUGGAGAACCUGCUGCUCGCAGAUGUGUUGAGCUCGGAAACGCGCCAGCUAUACAGUGUGUUCUCCAAGCACAAACUGGCGGAAACGCUCACGAAGAUAGCAGAAUCAUCGCUUACGCUCAUGAAUAAUCGGAAGGAUCCGUUCGUCGGUGAUGCAGCCAAAAAGUAG